GCGCGUGUUUUCCGUCGCUUGGCGCUGCUGGUGGCGCCUGUCACGCUGUCAGUGCGUCAACUCAUCACAUAUGAUUACUUCCAGCUGCGCGCCUUGUACGCGCAGAGAAAGGAGCCCCAUAACAAGCAGGGACCACCGGGACCAGGCUCCUCACUUGCCGCGGUGACCGGAGACUAUUCCCGGAGAGCUUCCACGUGACCGCUGCGCUUCCUCCGUUAAUGCGGCGUUAGGAACGCGACGCCGCUGCGGCCCACCGUUUCCUUCCAGAAGCGACGGGACUGUAUGAGCAACCGGCCGCAAAUCGUCCCUCCAGAGCGUCCAGCCCACCCGGCCGCCACCAUGGCCUCCGCCACCUCGACCCCCGCUGCCGGCCCCGGCGGGCGGGCCAGCCGCGCCGGCCGCUCCGCCGCCGGCCGCCGCGUCGCGACGCCCAGCCCGGCCGCAUCCGGCACCAGCCCGAACCGCAUGUACCGCAUCCAGGAGAAGGAUGAGCUGCGGUGCCUCAACGACCGCCUCGCCAACUACAUCCAGCGGGUCCAGGAGCUGGAGAGCGAGCGGUCCUCCAUGUUGUUUCAGCUGGAAGAACAAGAUGAUUCCAAAAGCCGAGAGAUGGGGAACGUCCGGCGGCUGUACGAGGAGGAGCUGGCCGAUGUCCGCUCUUCCCUGGACGGCAUAGCCGGCGAGAGGGCCCGUUUACAGAUCGACUACGGAAACCUCCACGAGGAGUACCAGAAACUUCAAACCAGGAACCAGAAGAAGGAGAGCGAACUGGCGAACGCGUUGGCCCAGUGGAGGAAAGUUGAAGCCACUCUGAGUGCCAAAGAUGCUGCGUUCACCAAGCUGCUGUCGGAGAACACGAGGCUCAACGACGACUUUGCUGAGCAGAAAAGCCAGCUGGAAAAUGUAGAGGGCUCACUGGCAGCGACCAGGAACCAGCUGAACUCUGAGAUCCUGAAGAGAGUGGACUUGGAGAACCAGGUGCAGACGCUCCGAGAACAGCUGGGGCUGGAGAGGAACAUCAGUGAGCAGGAGAUCCUGGAGAUCCGCAACCGUCACGAGAGCCGCAUAGUGGAGCUGGACUCGGGGCGGCGGAGAGAGUUUGACAGUAAACUGGCAGAGACGAUGCAGCAACUCCGCCAGGAACACGAGUCUCAGGUGCAGCUCUACAAAGAAGAGAUCGACAGGACCUUCAGCUCAAAGUUGCAGAAUGCGCAGCAGGCCGCGCUGGAGAAGAACUGUGUCGCGUCGGCCAUCCGAGAGGAACUGGAAACCACCAAGCUCCGAGUGGAGAGCCUCAGCUCUCAGCUGCAGCAGUACCAGAAAGAUAAAAUGGUCCUGGAGAGCCGCCAUCAGGAGCUGGAGAGGACUCUUGACGGGGAGCGAGAGGUUUGGCAGCAGAGACUCAGUCAGAAGGAGCAUGAACUGCUGACUAUGAGAAGCCAGAUGUUCGCCCAGCUGGAGGACUACGAGAACCUGCUCGAUGUCAAGCUAGCUCUGGACAUGGAGAUCAAUGCCUACAGGAAGAUGCUGGAGGUGGAGGAGCAGAGAUUGCAGCUGUCGCCGAGCCCUUCCCAGCAUGCAGCGAUACCCCGAACUCACAAACACGGAACCCGUAAACUCGGCGGCAAGAAACGGAAACACGAGGGAGCGUCUGGCGUGUCGCCCGCCUCUAAAAUGUCCAGUCGUUCAGCGCAGCACGGCGCUGUGAGCGUGGAAGAGGUCGACUGGGACGGAAAAUAUGUCCGACUGAAGAACAACUCUGAGACGGAGAAGCCGCUGGGUGGUUGGAUGAUACGAAAGAUGUGCCCAGACUCUGAGGACCUCUCCUUCCACAUCCCCUCCUCCUGCACCCUCGCCGGUGGGCAGACACUCACAUUUAAUGUGUUCGGUCAGAUCUGGGCUGCAGGUGCAGAGACGGAGGCUGAUUCUGGGGACCUGGUUCUGCAGGACCACAGAAGCUGGGGCCCGUUCACUCAUGUGAGGGUGGUUCUUCUGGACCCGAACCAUACGGAAAUGGCGGAGCACCGGGUGUGCAUGCAGGACGGGGGUCAGGAAACAGAACCGGACUUUGAUGAAGAAUAUGUCACGGGCAGUGACGUCCAGCGCUUUCGGAGACAGCGGAAGAAGAAGAAGUGUUGUUCUGUCUCUUGAGUGACAGCGUGCUGCACGGGACCUGACUAAGGAGGGCAGCUGUGCCGUCAUGUGAUGCUUUGACCUCUGGAGAACAGACGUAGUCGGCGUUCCUCACUUGUUUCAUGGCUCUUACUGCACAAGACAAGAACUUUGCCUUGAUUUUAAAUGUGUGUGUGAAAUAAAACUGUUAGAAUAAUAAAGUUGUGUACAUAUGGUGAACUCCUGCACCAUGGCGCUAAGUA